GACCACGAGCGCAACGGUCUCAUCCUCGGGUACCAGGUCCACGUGCAAGAGUUGGGCACGGAGGGCAACAGCCGCGCGUCCCGGCCGCGACGCUACGAGAUCCGCGACGGCGAGGCGGGCCGGCUACACGGCGGGCUGACCUGCACCAUCACCUCCUACCUUUUUCGGGUGUCGGCACUCACUCGCAAGGGGGACGGCUCGCGCAGCGACGCGGCGCGCGCCACCACACAGGGCGGCGUGCCCAACCGGCCCGACGUGCUCAUCAAAGUGAUCAAGGAGGAGGAGCGGGUGACGCUGGACGUGGAGUGGUCUCGCCCGACCGAGACGCACGGUGUGUUACUCGGCUACCGGCUGCGCUACGGCCGGGCGGGCGACGCCGCCAGGCUGAGGGAGGUCACCAUCGCCGGAAACACGACCCAGUACAAACGACUCAGCGGCCUGGAACGUGGCGUCGAGUACGAGUUCCGUGUGAGCGGCCGGAACGACGUCGGCCACGGCCAGGAGCAGAUCGUCACGUACAACACGAGCGAGGGCGCGCCGUCCGGCCCCGUCACAAACGUCACGUUCAGAUUCCAGACGACCGAUCGGGUGGCUUUCACCUGGGAUCCGCCGCGAUCGGACCAGCGAAACGGCAAGAUCACCGGCUACAGUGUGCAGUUCCACAAGAAGGGCAACCUUGACCACGUGGAGCGGAUGCACCCCAACGACACCAAGGUGGUGUUCGCCAAGCUGGAGGAGAACACGGCGUACGUGUUCCGGGCGCGCGCCAACACGUCGGUGGGCGCCGGGCCGUGGAGUGCGCCCGUCUCGGUCAGCACCGAGAGUGACCUGGUGCGGCCGCCCAUCAACCUGCGCGCCAUGGCCACCAGCUUCUCAAGCGUCGAGGUCUGGUGGGAGCAGGUGCACACCGCCACACAGAUCGUCGGAUACCAGGUGUUCUACGCCAUGGCGCCCGAGACGGACCUAGACGCCUGGUCAUUCAAGAAGGUACCGAUCACCACGUCUGCUGAGCUGGAGAACCUGGACAAGCACGCGCAGUACGCCAUCAUGGUGGCCGCUCGCAGCAAGUCGGGCCUGGGCCGUCUCUCGGACCUGAUCCGCGUGCGGGUCAAGCCAAUCGACGUGCCGUUGAACCUGCACGCGCCCAGCGUGCACACACACGGCAUGUCGCUGACGUGGGGCCGGCCGGCACACCUGGACCCGCGCAACUACCGCAUCCGCUACGACGCCGUCAAGGAGUUCCUCGACGCCGAGGGCGUGACGCAGUCGCAGCGCAUCGAGCCGCGCGCGCUGAUCCUGGACGCCAAGCGGUGCGAAAAGACGAGCGUCUGCCGCAAGCAAAUCGAGGACCUGGAGCCGUUCACCACGUACACGGUGAACGUGACGGCCGUGCCCGACGACAACGGCUACCGCGCGCCGGCCAAGAUCCGCGUCACCACCCAGAUGGCCGCGCCGCAGCCGAUGGUGAAGCCUGACCCACUGGGCGUGCGGAACAAGAAGGUGAUGGUGAUCCUGCCGCGCGCCUCGGAGGAGUACGGCCCCAUCUCGCACUACUUCAUCGUGGUGGUACCCCGAACACGACGUCAAAGAGCAUCCGGACUCGCACAGCACAAAGAAGCCAGCCGGGCGAUUCAGGUGAAGGUGGCGCCGGACACCUCGCGCUCCUCGUCCAGCCUGGUCUGGGUGGUGGGCCCAGUGGCCGUCGGUCUGGUGCUGCUCAUCAUCCUGGUGCUGUACAUCGUCAUCGCCGCCAGGAGGCGGCGUCAGUUCCAGAAGUCACCCGAGCCGGCCACCGUGAUGAAGCCGCUGAUGUGUGACAUGGCGGCGCCGGCCAGCCACGCGCAGACCGACCCGGUCGAGAUCCGGCGCCAGAACUUCCAGACGCCCGGCAUGAUGUCGCACCCACCCGUACACGUUAGCCAGCUGGCCGACCACGUGGAGGCGCUCAAGGCCAACGACAACAGCAAGUUCUCGCAGGAAUACGAGUCGAUCGAGCCGGGCCAGCAGUUCACCUGGGUCAACUCCAACCUGGACGUGAACCGGCCCAAGAACCGAUACGCCAACGUCAUAGCGUACGACCACUCGCGCGUGGUGCUGCAGUCGGAGGAGGGGCUGGCGGGCAGCGACUACAUCAACGCCAACUUCUGCGACGGCUACCGCAAGCACAACGCCUACAUCGCCACCCAGGGCCCGCUGCCGGAAACGUUCUCCGACUUCUGGCGCAUGGUAUGGGAGCAGCGCAGCUUCACUAUUGUCAUGAUGACGCGCCUGGAGGAGCGGGCGCGCAUCAAGUGUGACCAGUACUGGCCCACCAAGGGCACACAGUCGUACGGGCCCAUCCAUGUGACGCUCACAGACAGUCAGGAGCUGGCCAGCUACGUGGUCCGCACCUUCCAGCUGCAGCGGGCCAACUCGCUGGAGCGGCGCGAGGUGCGCCAGUUCCAGUUUACGGCAUGGCCCGACCACGGCGUGCCCGACCACCCGACGCCGUUCCUGCUGUUCUUGCGCCGCGUCAAGGCGCUGAACCCGGCCGACGCUGGGCCGAUGGUGACGCACUGCUCGGCGGGCGUGGGCCGCACCGGGUGCUUCAUCGCCAUCGACAGCAUGCUGGAGCGCAUCCGCUCCGAGGCCACGGUUGACGUCUACGGUCACGUGACUUGCCUGCGAGCCCAGCGCAACUACAUGGUGCAGACUGAGGACCAGUACAUCUUCAUCCACGACGCGCUGCUGGAGUCGGUGGUGGCCGGCAACACGGAGGUACCGGCGCGCAACCUGCAGGCCUACAUAUCGCAGCUGCUUCAGCCGACCGGACCCGGCGAAAUCACCGGCAUGGAGCUCGAGUUCAAG